CAAAAUCUGUCAGUUCAUUUCUUUAAAAAUUAUUGUCUUAAGGGUGUUCAGUUGUCACAGUUGUGAGCAGUAGCAGAGUCAAGAUGCUGAGGAAUCUGUUGGCUCUUCGUCAAAUUGCCCAGAGGACCAUAAGUACUGCUUCACGCAGGCAAUUUGAAAAUAAAGUUGCAGGAAAACAAAAGCUAUUUCAGGAGGAUAAUGGAACACCAGUGCACCUGAAGGACGGGACAGCUGAUGUCCUCCUGUAUAGAGCCACUAUGGUUCUCACAGUCGGUGGGACAAUGUACACUGUGUAUCAGCUGGCCAUGGCUUCAUUUCCCAAGAAGCAGGAUUGA